AUGUUACACAGUAUUAUUCUUUACUAUCAAGUGUACGAGCCUGAAUCCUUGGAAAAGCAAAAAGAACUCUUAGACAUUCUUGAGGAGCGACGUCUAUCUUAUGAUUUGAGAGAAUUACGAGACAUGUUGAAAGCGCGUUACGAACUAUUGUUACAAGGCGUUCAUGAAGACGUUACUCCUGAGUUAAGUAGUUAUCUGGAAAGAAUUCUGAAUCUGGACUUUGAUCCUGAUGAGUACUCGUAUAGGCGCAAAACUAAAUCACAAAAGACGUAUCCGACAAGAUUAGAGGAAUCCGAUAUUCUCAAAGUGGUUCUCGACGAUUCUCUGUCUCAUUACACUUCCUAUUUCUUUGAGCAGGAUUUAUCCUCAGCAAAUGCUAAAUUCUCUCCAAAGACGAUUCUUGAACAUUUGGAUCGAAAGGGAUUGAACGUUGUUCCACUGAUAAUGCAGUACCUGGGAACGUUGGAGCAGAAGCAGAUUCCAACUGCCUCCCUUUUCCUGAAUCUCUUGACCUUUGAUGCAAUGGAAGAGCUGCGCAGCCAGGUGAAAUCGAAGUAUUCUUUCGAUCUUUACACACGUUCUGACUUCCUAAAUACAUACAUUGGUCGUUUUGGAAACCCAGAACGCAGCGAGAAGAGCGAUGAGGCCGAUUUUGAGCGAGCCAAACGAGUGUGUAUGCGAAGAAUCGAAUUCUAUAAGAAGAACAAGAUCAGUGGGAUAGCGAACGAGUUCGAACAAUUGCUGGAGUUGUUGCGCAGUCAUAGAGAAUACGACAAAGAAUUGUAUUUGGAUUAUUUGGAGGCAAGAUCGGCAACGGAAACAUGGGAUAAGGAAACGAAAAGCUACGAUUUAUCGAUGUACCCGCUGGAUCGCGAUUAUUUGGAGCAUUUGUUUCCUCAGGAAUCGCCCAAACCGUUCUAUCGGUACUUCGACAGUCGUUCGGUAACGAGGUCUUACGAGAAGGCAUGCUUGCUGAGUGGCCAAUCGAUCCAAUGUCAGGAAUACACAGAUCAACAGAUCGCAGAUUUGAGGGAUCAAGUUCGGUUGAGAAUUUUGGAAGGCAACAAGGAAUGUUACAGAGUGGGAGACGAAGUGUCCGUUUCCCUGGAGCUGAAGAACGUGGAUGUGCUGGAAUGGAAGCUGUUCGAGCUCAACACGCGCGUUUACUACGAAAAGAACAGUUCUCCGAUUUCCACAACGAUCGAUUUGGAUGGUCUCAGACCGAUCACAUCGGGCAUCAUGCACUAUCAUUUGCCUGCGAUUCAGCGACAUAUCGAGACGUUUAUAUUCCCGACGAUCAAUCAUCGCGGCUGCUGCGCUGUGGACUUCUUUGCGAAGGGACAGAGCAGUCGUUUCUUGGUGAAUAUGGGUCAACUGAACGUUUUGGUGCGCGAAUCGCUGUCGGGAUUGAUGCUGACGGUUCUGGACGAGCAGGGAGAGCGCAAAGAAUCGAACGUCUAUGUUCUUCUGGAUGGUCGGAAGUACGAAUUGAACGACCAUCACGAGAUUGCGAUCCCCUAUCUUCCUCCUGGGAGCAGCAGACAGACGUUCAAGGCGUUGGUAUGCGAAGAGAUCGAAGCGGACUGGGUGUACACGGAGAAGUGCGAUCUCUCCAUCCCUGCGGAGAGUUUUGCGCUCGAACUGAAGGGCGAUGUCGAUAACGAGGCGCUCGUGCGAGGAAAUGAGAAUUGCCAGGUGCUUCUGCGCGUAUCCGCAAUGCUGAACGAAACUCCCUUCCCGAACUCGCUCCUACAGGACGUUUCGAUCACUCUCUCCAUGAAGGAUAUGGAUGACAUUGCAUCGGAAGUGACUGUGAAGCCAGUAUUGAAAGAUGAUGCAGAGCCGAUUCAAAGUGUAAAGGCGAGCAUUACCGCGUCCGUUGUGACGAAUAAUGGAGUGAAGAAGCAGUUGUCGGCUUCGUUGGAUUUGUAUUCUACCGACUACAAUCCGAAGCGCAAUCUGAACAUCGAGGAAGUCAAGCCUUCGUACUCUCUGUUCAGAAAGAGAACCUCGCAGGGAGUGGAGUUCUUUGUGUAUGCAUCCGGUCCUGCAGGCGAACCAUAUCCCAGUCUGCCUGUGAGUGUGAAGCUGAACCACCUCUACAGCACAUCGACCUUCCGAUUCUCGCUCGAAACAGACGAGAAGGGAGAGGUUUCGCUGGGUCUUCUCCGCAAUAUCACCCGAAUCGAUGUGAAUGGCACUGUGUUCCCGCUUCAUUUCGAAACCUUCAACGUGAAAAAGAACUGGGAAGUGGCUGAGAACGAAAAGGUUCAAGCUCUGAUUCCUCUCAUCAGCGAUGAUUUGAAUGACUAUAUGUUGAUUUGCGAGUCGAGCGAGGACGAAAUUGAAUCCUUGCAAUCUUGUUUGGCAAGGGUCGAUGGCUAUGUUUUGAUUCACAAUCUGAAGCCUGGAAAAUAUGUGUUGUAUGUUCGAGAUAGGAAUGGAACCUUGUACACGAUUCGAAUCAGCGUUUAUCAUGCUUCCAAGAUGAACAUUACUGAACAUUAUGCGUUCUUUGGUUCCUGGGCUCGACAACUGAGUAAUGCCCCCAUUUCAAUGAUUUGCACGCCGAACGAUCAGCAUCUUACGAUCCAGCUUUAUGGAGCCACACCAUCUGCACACGUUCAUGUGUUGCUCAAGUCGUUCUACGAGAGUUUGAUGCUUGGCAAUCACAUCCGAGAUCUGAGCAAUCCUUCCUAUGCGCGAAUUAAGCUAGAUCCCGUUUCUUCUCUUAUCGUGAAUGAUCGUGAACUUCCUGAAGAGUACGACUACAUCCAGGGACGAAAGCGAGCGAAUCGAACGUUGCCUGGCAAUAUGCUGCCUCCUCCUGGAUUGCUGAUGAAUCCGAUCAAAGUGGAUGAAACGACGACGAAAGCGAAGGAGGCAUCGGCUGGAACGAACUUUGCAGAAAAGCAUGAAGAACGUCCAGGAGCCUGCGUUUCCAAGACACGAGAUGAGUUGGAUGUUGCUCCGAAAGAUAUGAAACAGCGCGAUAGUCGUGAGACGAUCCGUGUGUUUUCUCGUUUGCUGCCGAACAUCCAGAUGGUAGAUGGAAAAGCAGAAAUCGAUCUGAGCGAUUACAAGGAGAAUGGAUGCGAGGUUGAAGUGGUUGCAGUGGAUGAAGGCCGUUUCUUGGACACCGUGUUGUUCUAUUCUGGGAGCGAGGAUGACCGUGUUUCACUGAUGGUUCAGCAGCAAGCGCUGGAGGAAUCGCUGGAUCCCUCGAAGAAUUACACGGAAGAGAAGCGGAUAUCGGUAGUAACGGCGGAGGAACCGUUGUCGAUUGAUAGCAAGUCAGAGAUGCAAGUGUUGGCGUCUCUAGAGGAUAAUGAACGAAAAGGAAAAGAUGCGAUUGUACAACAAAUAUAA